AUGGACACACAACCCCCACACCCUCGUUCACCUCCUCAUUCUGUACCCGACUGUGAUGUCUACGGGUUCUACGGUCGAAAUGUCCUUCGGGACUUUGACUCGUCGCUCAGAUCCAAACUUCCACCGGGCACUGAUCCUGAGACAGAGCCAAGCAUACCUUCAGAAGAUGAAGAUCCCUCCGGUCAUCGUAUCGGUAUUCUCGGUGCCGGUAUUGGUGGUCUCUACGUCGCUCUUAUUCUCGACUCCUUGGACAUCACAAACUACGAGAUAAUUGAAGCUUCCGAUAGAGUUGGAGGAAGGUUGCUCACGCACCACUUUUCCCGGGAUGAACCGUACGCCUACUAUGACGCUGGAGCAAUGCGCUUCCCUCUGCCGCAGAAGGAUGUCAAUGGAUGCUAUAAGAACGGUGUCAAUCGGCGCCUAGCCAAGCUCAUCGAGUAUGCGCCUGCCAACCACGACGAUUGCCUUCAUCCUCCGCUCAAGUCACAGCUGAUCCCAUAUUACUUCAGUCCCCGUCCUGAUUCAAAACCCGGCAUCCUUUACUACAACGGAACAUAUGCACGUACCACCCAGAAAGUUAAAGACGACGUCGUUAAGCCGUUCACUCGACUUCUCUGGCAGGAUAUUAUCCACGCCAAAGAUAACGGUCCAGGGUGGCAGGAGCUGAUGGCUAAUGACAGAUACUCGAUGCGCGGGUAUAUGUCGUUCAGGUAUCUUCCGAGUGUGUGUCUCAACCUCGUUCCUAACCAUCUCCCUACGAACGUCAUCGAUUACUUCGAAAUGCUGCAAGGGUCGACUUCCUCCUGGGAUGCAGGGUUUACAGAGGGCGUUUUGGGCGAUAUGGCAUUUGCACGCGGGGGUUCUAAUGUUGAUUGGGUGUGUUUUGAUGGAGGAUCAGAGACACUGGCGCUGUACAUUAAGAAUUAUCUUCAACAACGGAGAUAUGGGCGCAUCCGCUUCAAGGAAAGGGUGACAGCUAUAAAACCGCAAGACCCGGACAAGCUGGGCGAGCUUCGCUCUGAGGCCCAUACCUACACGCACGUCUUCUCCACCCUUCCGCUCCCAGUCCUUCGCACGAUCGACUACAACUUCAGGGACCUAAAGUUAAAUGUCCUUCAGCACACCGCUCUGCGCCAGCUGCAAUACGGACCCGCCGUAAAAGUAGCCAUCUGGUUUAAGCAGCCGUGGUGGUACACAGAACUCGGUAUCUUCGGUGGCCAGUCCUUCACUGAUUUACCUAUUCGAAACGUUGUCUAUCCAUCCUACGGCACCGAUUCAGAAACGCCGUCCCCUGUUAUUAUAGCUUCCUAUUCGCGGUCAAGCGAUGCACACAGACUCAGCUCGCUUUCUUGUGGGGAUGAAUACAAGAACCGGGAAGCGCUAGAAGACCUCGUGUUGAGAAAUUUAGCAGAGCUUCACAGCGUCGAUGGAAAACACAUAACGUACGAAUACCUUCGAGAACAGUUCAGGGGCUUGCACGUCAUGGAUUGGAGCCACAACCCCGACGCAAUGGGCGCAUUCGCAAUGUUCUAUCCGGGGAAUUUCAGCCAUACAUACCCCGCAUUGAUCUGCCCAGCAGCGGAUGAUCACCUCUACUUUAGUAGUGAGGCUAUUAGUCCUCAACACGGCUGGGUUGUCGGAGCCCUCAACAGCGCUUGGCGUUCAGUUUACACGUACCUAGUUAAGACUGGGCAGAAAGACAAGCUGAUUGAGUUUAAGAGGUUGUGGGGUGACAACAUGGGGUGGUCUAUACCUACUGGUAAAACACUGGUGAAUGAGCUGUCUUCGGAGAGCCCCUGGUACAAGGCUUGCUACCCCGACGACAACUUAUACGAUCACUUUGAUUUAAUAGAAAAGGCGCAGAGCGGUGGGGAGGUGAAGUUCUGA